AUGGCCCCCGUCCGCCCGCCGCCCCCAACUGGAAGAGGAAAAGGCUCCCUUCCCGGCAGGGCAGAGCUCGGACUACAUUUCCCAGCAGGCCGCGGGCUGGCGCAGCCCUUCCCGCUCCGCCAAUCAGGACGCAGUCCCCGGCGGGCCGGCAGAGGGCGCUCCCGGGGCGCCUGCGAAGACGGCGAGGGACUCCAUUUCCCGCCCCUUCCCUUCCCUUCCCCUCCCCUCCCUUUGCAGACGGAGCAGAUCAAGCGGGCCAACCGGCUGUACACCAACGACUCCAUCUUCCUGAAAAAGACUCUCUCCAUCCCGGUGCCGGCCGAGCCCAAGGCUUUGUCCAACGGACUGGACUUCGAGGACGAGGACGAGGAGGAGGGCAGGGAGGCGGCGGCCGAGGCCGUCCCGCCCGACUCCGCCAAAAAGCCCAAGCCGCCCCGGAAGAACGGCACUCCGGGGGGGUCGGUCCCCAAACACGACCUCUCCGCGGCCGAUUUCCUCUUCAAGCUGGAUUCCGAGAUCCGUCGGUCCAAGCAAGCGGCGGCCAAGAAGCUGCGCGAAGGGGAGAGCGCGUGAGUGGGGGGUCUGCAGGGGCAGAAGGUUCCCGGAGGGGGCUCUCCCGCCGACGAGCGCCGAGCCGCGGUGCAGGCCCAGGCCGCUUGCAGAGGGUCCUCUUUUAGGUAGCUCGGGGCAAGCGAGCCAAGCCGCAUUGGGGGAACGAACGAUAUGAACCUUUUCUCCCCUCCGGAGGCUCCAUGUUGGAGGCAGAAGUUAUCUACAUGUGUGCGCUCGGGAGAGGGGAGGCUUACCGUAGCUUUUUAUUUAUGCUUUAUUUCGCCUAAAAAAGGGUUAAGGAGCCAAGGGCCUGAGUCAGGCUUGGAUGGGGCGCCACCAGGUGAUCCCAGGGCAGCAGGAUGUUUGGUAUGAAAGUUCAGGGACGGGUCCGUGAGCCCAGCUCAGGACCCUUUUGUUAAACCGGGCUUAUGCUCAGGGAUAAGAUGGGCCUCCGUUUGGGCCACCAGGGGGCGCCCUUGCUCUAAAGCCGCAUCUGUCAAACCCUUUCUGUGAGUUCUUGCAAAAGACCCGCGUGUUGUAACAAGAGGACGGUUGCAGACCUGCUCUUAAAACACUGGUGGGGAAAUGUUCCACCUUCCUGCCUUCCCACCCCGCCCUUGUUUGGAUUUUUCUUUAAUGACUUAUUUAAGCCCCGCUGAGCUGUGCAGCUUGGCUGGCUGGCACGAGCAGGCUAGGCGUUUGGGGGCGUUGCAGACUUGGUUUCUCUUCUGGUACGGGGGUGGGCGUGUGGGCCUCUCCGUCUGCCGCACGUUGGGAUCCAUCCACGCGGGGGGCAGGGUGGGCUGUGGGAGGAAAGAGAUCCCGGUCCAACUCUUGGGGUGGGUGGCUGGCUUACUUCGUUGUCGAGACGCCUGGAGCAUGUGUUCACUCGCGGUGCGCAUGAGCCCUUGGUGAAGGGGGGCCUCUACGCCCGUCAAGCAGAACCGGCCCAACUGAAUUCUGAAUUCUCUGCAUCUGGUCCUUGGUGGUAGAGUGCCCCUCGGCCUGGAGGUUCUGCAUCCUUGCCACCCCCGUUCAUCCCUUCCAGCUAAAGGAUUUUUUAAUUUUUUUUUUUGAAAUGCCAGCUUCUGCUUCAGCUUGCCCACCCCAAGCACAGGAAGCUGGGAUGGCAAGGUGUGGGUGCUCGCUUUCCCUGGCGCUGCACUGGAUCUUCAGGGGAAAAUGCGACAUGGGUGUAAUUUCUCUCUCUCUCUCUC